AUGAGCGCCGCGCCGCCGCCGAAUCCCGCGAACCAGAUGCCGGAGCCGCCGCGGCAGAAGCGCGCGUACACGAAGCGCGGCACGGGCGCGACGGCGAUGAAGAAGCAGAAGCCGUUGAAGGGCGGCCUGAGCAAGAUGUACCAGGGCCGCGCGGGCGCGCCCGCGCGACUCCAGGAGCAGGACCGCGAGUCCGCGCUCGCGACGGCGCUCCGCUGCGGCCGCCAGCUCUGCGGCUGCAGCGACGAGCGGGUCGCGCUCAAGUGCGUGAACCUGCUCCUGGUGAUCACGCGCGAGCUCGAGGUGCCGUGCCUCGAGGCCGGCGACUUCUACGACGACGAGUCGCCGCUGCUGAACGGUCUCGCGACGAUGCUCGACCGGUGCCUGCCCCCGGGCCCGCUGGCCUCGUCGCUCUUCGGCGACCCGGGCGCGCCGCCCCUCGAGGACGAUGUGGACCCCUGGGCCUGGCGCGUCGGCGGCGACCGCGAGCCCGCGCCGGAGUACGUGGACGACGUCGCGGCGCGCGCGUCGUCGCCGCUCUGUCUGGCCGUGCUGACGGUGCUGCGCAACGUCGCGCAGACGGCGAGCAACCGGAGCGCCAUCGCGCACCACGACCGCUGCCUGCGCCACGUCCUCGUCCUCCUGGAGCCGCCGCUGCUGGGCCUCGAGUCGGCGACGCUCUGCGUCGACGUGCUCGCGUCCGUGGGCCGCCACGUGGAGCUCGGCGGCGCGUUCCUCGAGUCGCGGCCCCUGCGCCACUACCUGGCGCGCGGCGGCGGCGGCGCCAAGGACGACGCGCUGAAGAACGGCUGCGCGCUCGCGGGCAUCGCGCCGCCGGGCGCGCGCGCGGCGCGCGCGCUCGACGGCGGCGCGGGCGACGUCGUGCGGCGGCGCGCGACGCUCGCGCGGCGCUGCUUCCGGGCCGUGCGCCUGUGCCUGCACUACGGCGCGGCGCCCGGACCGCUGGCCUUCCUGAGCCCCGUCGACGAGGACGACGCGGGCGACUUCGCCGGGUUCGGCGCGUCCGCGCCGAUGGAGCGCUACGCCGUGCGGCCCGGCGCGACGCUGCGCGAGGGCGGCCGCGACGCGGCGCGGGCGCACCAGCGGCACGUCGCGCUGCGGGCGCUGGAGACGCUCGCGUCGUUCCGGAAUUCGGAGUGGAACGCGCCGGCGCUCGACGAGACGCCGGCGGACGUCGUCCGCCUGUCGGCGGAGCGCCUCGCGCGCGCGUACCCCGACGAGGCCGUGGACUCCGAGGCGCGCCUCGCGGGGCUCGAGGCGCUGACGCUGCUCGCGGACCGCGACGCGGCCGCGCCGGUCGUCGCGCGGUUGGCCGCGUUCGCGCCCGCGGCGGACCUCGCGCUCGCGGCCAUCGUCGCGACGCACGUCAAGUACCUCGACGCGCCGACGGCGGCGGCGGCGGCGGCGGCGAAGCCCGCGCCCGCGCCCGCGCCCGCCGCGGGCGCGCCCGCGCCCGCGCCCGCCGCGCCCGCGCCGCCGCCGCCGGUGGUGCUCCAGCGCUCCGAGGACCCCGUCGCGGGCGUCGUGACGCUCGGCCCGCGCCUCGAGCUCCCGCCGCCGCCGCCGCCGACGGCCGACGAGGACGGCUCCCGCCUCGCGCCGCCGCGGUCGCUCCGCGCGGAGACGGUCCGCUCCGCGUGCCAGUUCCUCGCGACGCUCGCGAGCCACGACGCCGCGCGCGCGGCCAUCGCCGACCGCGCCUGCCUGCUCCUCCCGGCGGCCGCGAACAACGACGACGUCGCGGACCUCGUCUUCAACAAGCUCAUGUAG